AUGGUGGUCAGGUCGGCCGCAUCUGCAAGCGACAGCGUUUCCGGCAAGCUGGUCCUCUCCCUCCUUGGCUUCCGCUCCACAUGUAGUUGCUCGCCUCGAACGGCAUCUGCGGGAAGUCACCACACCCCCGGCCAUCGGAAAACCAAUCGAAGGGCAGUGCUGGCACUAAAGAACUGCUACUCAUGCCACGACUCACUCAUUGGGGAGGAAACAAGCUUCCAUAUGUGGCUGCUCGCCGAGUGCCAUGCGACGGACAACUCACGACAAGGGGUGGUAAUAUACAAGAAUUCGCUUCCUCUGGCCUGUCCCGAAAGCGAGCUACCAUAUGCAAGCAUCGCGCGCCCUGCUAUUCCCUUCACAGCCGCCACUGCCUAUGCGCGAGACUGA